AUGGCAACAGGUAUUAAGAAAACAGUAAAAGUUGUAGUUGUUGGAGAUGGUGCUGUUGGAAAGACAUCUCUUUUGAUUUUAUAUACUACUAAAGCAUUCCCUAAAGAUUAUGUUCCAACAGUUUUUGAUAACUUUAAUUGUCUUGAAAUGUACGAUAACAAGCCUGUAAAUUUAGUUCUCUGGGAUACAGCCGGUCAAGAAGAUUACGAUAAUCUCAGACCACUUUCAUAUCCACAAACCGAUGUAUUUUUGAUAUGCUAUUCAGUGGUGAAGAGAGAUUCUUUAGAUAAUAUUAAAUAUAAAUGGUUGAAAGAGAUCAAUCAGAGUAAUUCGGGAACACCGAUCAUCUUGGUGGGUACCAAGACCGAUUUGAGAGAGGACAAGAAGACACUGGCUUCACUGCAAGAGGUGAACCAAGAGCCGGUUUCACGAGACGAAGGUAUCGCUUUGGCAAAGGAGAUUGGUGCCGUACAGUUUUUCGAAUGUUCCGCACUCACUGGUAGCGGUGUAAAUGAUAUCUUUGCGCAAGCGAUCAAAGCAGCUUUCAACAAACAAUCACCUGCGCCCGCCUCCUCCUCAAAGAAACCCACCUCGAAAUCAACAUCGUCCUCUUCAAAAUCAUCGUCAUCGUCAAGCGCAUCCAGCAGCAGUUCGACCACCUCUACCACCUCUACCUCUAGUUCCGCUUCAAAGUCUGCACCCGGCGAAAAGAAACUCAGUUGGGGAUUAUUUAGAAAGAAAGAUAAAGAUGAGAAGAAAACAACCAAAUAA